UUAUUUUUAGCAUUAUGGGAGUUUGUUUUGUUAUUGGAUUUUUCUUGUUGCUCCCUUGGUGUAUUUGUUGUAUGCCUUUUUGCAUUGAUUCCUGCUUGGAUGUUGAACACUUAUGUCCUUCCUGCAAAAAACCUUUGGGAAGGUUUUCUCGAAUUUAAAAAAAAUUUUUUUGGAAGAAUC